AAUUCUCUUCAUAAAACACGCAGCCUGAAACACCAAUCUGCUAUCAUGGGACAGGCAAAAACGGAGCAGCCCGAGUUUUCGUUCGUGAUCACUCAAUAAUUUACUUGUGGAAAAGCUAAAAUGACGCUAUACUUUUUCUGCUGUAUUGUUAUUAUCGCCUGUCAAGAUUUUGGUCAUGGUCAUGAAACGUACAGAUUUGAUAAAGAAAUCAAUAACAUAGCUAUUGGGAGAAAUAAAUUGUACGUGGCUACUGAUAAUUGCAUCUAUCAAAUGAACUUCAGUUUACACUGUGAAGUAAAGAGGAAGGUCUCGGGAGUAAAAGACCCCAACAGGAUAAAGCUUUUAGUAGUUUAUGAAGAAAACAGCACGUUAAUCGCUUGUGGAAGCAGCACGGAAUGUGGUGGUUGCGAAGUGCUCGAUCUAAAUAAUAUUUCAAAAACAAUUUAUUUUGAAAACGUGACCAUCGUUCCUAUCUACCCUGACAAGUCUGCUCUAGGAUUUCUGAUAAAAACGAAGUCAAAAAUAACGUACCUGACAGUUGGGGCAGUGCACGGAGAUGAAACGGAUUGUAAGUAUGAAAAACACCUGAUAACGCUAAGGAACAUGAAGGAUGGGGGGGAAGGAAUAUUUUCUUAUAUAGGAAGCAGUUCUUCACCAUACAUUAAAUUGACUGAAAAAAAUGAAAAAGCCACAGUCCUACAUGUAGAUUUUGUGGACGGUUUCCAGUUUCAAAAUAGUAUUUAUGUAAUUAUGAAUUUGAAAACAAACAGUGAAAGAGUUCGAAUACUUUGGAUGAAAAACGAAGAUGACAAGCAAAAAAGUUUGGAAUCUUUAAGAGGAGCUACCCUUCUCUGCUGCGAGGAUAAAAACAGGACGGUGCUGCUCUCCUCUUCUCUGAUUAAUCGCGGACCCCCAGUGCUGUUGGCUGGUGUUUUCACAGCUAGAAGUAGUAAUCCAGAUAACACCGCGCUCGCCAUCUUCAACAUCACGCCGUGGACCAAUGUAGACAGUGACAAAGACGAGGAUUUGUGCUCCAGUGAAUGUACUGAGAAAACUGUGCAAAGUCAUCAUAUAAAAGAACUUAAAACGGCUUUUCUCCAUCCCAAUAUGACAUCUGUUGCUACUGCCACUGUGAACAGCUGGAUUGUGCUGUUCAUUGGGACAGGAGAUGGGCAGUUACUCAAGAUUGUAUUGGACAAGAACUUAAAUUCUGGUUGCCCAGAUAUCUUAUAUCAAUUUCCUGGUGAUAAUGCAGUAUUUUCUAAAAUGAUCUUGGAUCCAGUGGAUAAAAAAAAAGUUUAUAUUGCUUUGGAAAAACAGCUCUCAAGAAUAAGAGUUGCAAACUGCAGCAGGUUUGAUGCUCUAAGGACCUGCUGGGCUGGACAGGACCCAUACUGUGGGUGGUGUGCUUCUGAGAGCAGAUGCACAUUCCAUGACGAGUGUUCAAACUCAGCCUGGAUCACCAUACCAGAGGAGCCUUUUGAGAAUUUAAAGCAAAUGAUCUCCUACCAGUUGAAUGACUACACACUGGCAAACAAAGAGGGUAUUACACUGGAUGUGAUGGUUCAUCUGAAUGUCGCCUUCUUACAAAAUACCUCUUUUGCUUGUGUCUUCAUGUAUGGUGACAAUGUGAGCCUUUGUGAAAAUUCCAGCUUAAAUCCAGUCUUCCUUGGGUGUUCCUGCAGUUUCCCAAAAAACAGACUGGUUCCGGAAGGUCUCAAUGUAAAAGUAAGCAUUCGUAUAAAUUCAGUGAAUAUCGUUGAAAACUGGACUCUGAAAAAGUGUUCUGAGAUUGGAAGAACAUCCACCACACCUAAUAGGUGUGCUGUCUGCAUUGCAGCAGGUUGCUAUUGGUCCCUGAAAGACAACCUAUGUUCUUCAUCUCCUGAUUCUUCGUAUGUGAGUCAGACACAGAACACAUGUCCAAAAGAAAAUACAUCUAGUUUGGUGCCAGAAAUACAUUUAAUAGAGCCGACUGAGAUAUCGUACUUGGGAAAAAACAAAGUUACCAUAAAAGGAACAAAUUUAUCUCAAGUGUCUAAAAUUUGGAUUACAGGAAGCGCUGACUGCAGACCAUUUGAAAUACCCGUUUUGAGCUCCACAGACAAUGAAGUUCAAUUCUCCAUUCCUAAAUCUACCAAGGGGGUGAGGAAAGUUUGUGUUGUAGUGAAUGAUGGCAUCUGUCAUGGAUCUGUUUUAAUACAAUAUAGAUCCCUACCAUCCUGUGAUAGACUGUCACCAAACAGCACGUGGGCCAGUGGGAAAAGAAGAGUUAGUAUUUUGGGAAACAACCUUCACUUUGUUGAUGUAAUAAAACAUGAAAAUAUGGGUAACAUUAAGAAUUUCAGCCAGACAGAAAAUAACAUUAGUUAUUAUGUGCCUGCUAGAGAAGUUGAAAAACCAGUGGAGAUCCCCAUUAAAAUGGUGGUGGCAAAUCACACUCUUGAGUGCUUGAACAUUACCUACCAUCCAGAUCCAAAAUUUCUUGAGUUCUCAACGACACCGGUAGCAAACAAUUUACAAAUAACUAUUAAGAAAAUGAAAGAUGCACUGACCAUAAAAACAGAUGAAUUAAAUAUUACAGCCAUAGAUGAUCAGCGUCAUCCAUGUACUUCUAUAAAAAUCAUAUUCAAUGACAAUUCAGGAGAUGAUUCAAUACUGUGUACAAUAAACAACAAACCCAAAUUAUCUAUACAAAAGAUAGAGAUACAACUGGGAGAUUUUAAAGAAGUUCUGGAAAAAUCAUUUAAUUAUUACUGGCUUUUAUUUAUUGUAGUUUGCAUUAUGCCCUUCGUUAUUCUUGCCAUGUUCUGCUUUAAUCGGGUCAAGCAAAGGCAACUGACUAAGAAGCUGAGUGAGCAAGUGGAGCUGUUGGAAUGUGACAUUCGAAAUGAGAUUCGUGAAGGAUUUGCAGAAUUACAGACAGAAAAAUCAGAUUUACUUGAAGCUUUUGGAACAAUCCCUUACCUGGACUAUAAGCAUUUUGCCGUCAGAACUUUCUUUCCUGAGGCUAUGCCUGCGCUGAGCAGUAUUGUUAAUGACGUUGGCCAGGACAUGGAGAAAGGGAAGCAAAAUGAAUCGUCACAAGCCUUAUCUAAUCUGAUACACGAGCAACUGUUUCUUAUCACUCUUGUGCACACACUUGAAGAGCAAAAGAAAUUCACCAUCAAAGACAAGUGUGUCUUUGCCUCCCUCCUGACCAUUGCCCUGCACAGCGACCUUGUUUACCUGACUAGAGUGAUGGAGGUCCUGCUGCGCGCCCUCAUGGAUCAGUCUAGCAACACUCAGCCAAAGCUGAUGCUGAGACGCACUGAGUCCAUUGUUGAAAAACUGCUGACAAACUGGAUGUCCAUAUGCUUAUAUGGUUUUCUUCGGGAGUCUGUUGGGGAACCACUGUUUCUGAUGGUGUCAGCCCUGACACAGAGGAUCAACAAAGGCCCUGUGGAUGCCAUCACAGAGAAAGCUCUCUACACCCUCAAUGAAGACUGGCUGCUGUGGCAGGCUCAUGACUUCCACACUCUGAAACUGAAGGUUUUAUUCCAGGCUCUUCCAGAUGGGGAGAAAGAAGCAGGGGCCACCCUGGAAGUGAGUGUUUUGGACUGUGACACCACUGAGCAGGCAAAGGAGAAGAUCCUACGGAGUUUUAAGAGCAAAUUUGGCUACCCCUACCAUGUUCAACUGAAGGACAUUGAUAUUGAAUAUGAAAAGGAAGGCAGCGUUCUCAAGCUUCAAGAAGUGGAUUCCACUUCAAAGGUUGGGGAAAAUGGAGUGAAAAGGCUGAACACGAUUGGGCACUAUCAGCUUUCAGAUGGAGACAGUGUUAGAGUGACAAAGAAGAUUGCUCGAGCCACCUUAUCUACUCAGGAAAGCAUAAAAGAUGAUGACAACUACUCCACAAAAUACUGCCAUUUGAUUGAAGCAGAUGGCCCAGAAAUAGAUGACCUUCAGAAAGGAAAUCCUCAAAGAAAAAAGUUAAAAUUGAAGGAAGUCUACCUGACAAAACUUCUGUCUUCAAAGGUUGCAGUUCACUCUUUUGUUGAAAACCUCUUCAAAACAAUAUGGGGCUUGCCCAACGGCAAGGCUCCACUGGCGGUAAAAUACUUCUUUGACUUCUUGGAUGCUCAAGCGGAAAAUAAGAAAAUCACUGAUCCAGAUGUAUUGCACAUCUGGAAAACCAACAGCCUUCCUCUGCGGUUUUGGGUCAAUAUCCUGAAAAACCCCCAGUUUGUCUUUGACAUGGAAAAGACUGCCCAUCUCGAUAGCUGUCUGUCAGUCAUAGCUCAGGCAUUCAUGGAUUCCUUCUCCCUAGCAGAGCAGCAGCUUGGAAAGCAUGCUCCAACAAAUAAACUCCUCUAUGCCAAAGACAUACCACAGUACAAGGAGGAGGUGAAGGCAUACUACAAGCAAAUACACGAUCAGCCUUUGUUGGGUUUCUCAGAGUUUACAUUAUUUCUGGAGGAGGAAUCAAAGAAACAUGAAAACGAAUUUAACGAAUCUGCUGCUCUUCAUGAAAUCUACAAGUAUAUAUUUCAAUAUUUUGAUGAGAUCAAGCUGAAACUGGAACAGAGCGGAGCUCCCAGUGACCUGAAGCAACAGCUAAGUCACGUCAAGGAUGUCUUCGAUGGACGGAAGAUGUGGAAGUGGGAAUAAUCUUCCAUUCCUGCCAUGUACAGGAAGGCGGGGAGAGGUUUAGUCGAAAUCAGUACUUUUAAGUAAUUAAAAAAAAACGUUUGCACAUAUACUGUAUAUGACACUUUCUGGAAUACUAACGAUGCUGGAGCUGUACUGCACUAAUACUUUAAGUUCAAGGUGAUCUUUUAUUUGUUCAAUUGUAUUACUUUCACACAGCUCUAUGGCCAUGUGACUCAGCAGAAUAAGCCAUCCAUUUGUCUUAAAUCUAAAAAUAUAUAAUUAUUUUAAAAUGUAAAAAUAGAUUUCUCAUACCUCAGAAAUAAGUAAAAAAGCGUAUUUAACAUCCAUUUAACUAGAAGAUUUUUGUGAGGCUGUUGAAACUGGUAAGACAUUGAUACAUUUUUUUGAAAGAAUAAAUAUUUAUGGAACAUACUUUAUUCACAUAACACAAACAGAUCUUGCUACUUGAUCUUGCAAGCCUAAGUUAACUUAACUGUUAGAAAGAGAGAUAACAAACUAUAGACAGGCUAAUGGUGUAUUGAAAUCAUUUUGGAAAUUACAAAUUUUUAGAUGUGCUCGGGCUUCCUUGCACUGUCCAGAGACUGGUAGAUUAAUUGAGUCUUGGGAACAUUAGCCGUGGUAAGAGUGUGUUGUGACUGUGUGCCCCGUCAUGGACUUGGGCCCUGGCUAGGGUGUAUCCUGGCUUGAGCCUGUAGCUGGGAUAGGCACUGGCUUUCCUGUGACCCUGAAUCAAAUAAAGCUGUUAGAAAAUGUGUGGUUGGAUAUUUUUGGCUGUUCCAUAGAAUUCAUGUUUCUUAAAUAUGAUGCUUGUAGUCAAAAUAAGGGAUGUCUGAAUGUUUCAUUCCAUCUUUUUAUCACAAUAGAAACGUAACUGCUAUUCAGAUGGUAUCUGAAUAUUCCUUCAUGUUUGAUGGCAGAGAUCAUUUAGAGAACAGCAUUUAACUUAUUGAAAGUUAGAAGUAGUGUUUUUAUACUAAAAUUGGGGCAAAUGUUGCUUUUUUUAAAUACUGAAAAGGAAGGUUUUGUGUAUUUUGUCUUUUGUAUUUCACUUUUUUUUUUAGAAAAAAAGCAUUUAAAGAACUGCCUUUAUUUUAGAAUAAAAAAAUAUAACAUUACACCCUAGUUUGGGUGGAGCGUGCAGAAAAUUGCAAUGUAAAAACUGGUGAAAGGAUUAUAUAAGGAAACAGCGUGGAAACACAACAGCUGCAACCAUCAAUUACAUUGUAAAGUGCGCUAACACUAGCACAUUAAAGCAAAGAUGUUUGAUGUUUUCAUGAGAUACAGUAGGAAUGUGAGAGUAAAGCUAUUGUAUACUGUUGUAUGAUGAAAUUAUAAAAUGUACAUACUUUUUAAGGUGUUAGAGUACACACAAUUCAGUGUUGGAAAUAAACCUAUGCCUUUACAACA